AUGUCUGCUACUGGAGAUAAGGACACCCGGCAAAAACGACCUCGAAGACCCGCUGACACCCCAGAUGUAAAGCUGUCUAAAGCGCUCUCGUAUGUGCUGCGCCAUGGCGCAGCAAAGGAGCGGAUUCCUAUGCGGCCUGACGGGUAUGUGCGGGUUUCGGAUUUGUUUAAAAGCUCGCGGUUUCACGCGUUUACUGCCGCAGAUAUAGCACGAGUAGCGCGUGAAAAUUCUAAACAACGGUUUGCGCUUGCGCGUAGCUCUGCCAGCGGGAGCGAUGCAGAUCCAGAGCCUGUUGCACUUGAAGCCACGGAGAGAUUAACGGACGCGACGCGUGGCGAGUGGUUCAUUCGUGCGAACCAAGGACAUUCACUGACUGGUGUUGAGGUCGAGAUGCGGCCAUUGCUACGUGUUGAGGAUUUCCCUGUGGCUCAUGGGGCUUCAGCGCCCUGUGCGGUUCACGGGACCAAUGCUACAGCAUGGAAGAAGAUUAAGGAGUCUGGUGGGUUGUCGCGGAUGGCGCGCACGCACAUACACCUCGCUCCGGGACUGGCUGGCGACGCGCAUGUCACGAGUGGGAUGCGCGCGUCAGCAACGGUGUACAUCUAUGUGAACAUUGCGGCUGCACUUACUGCGGGGCUGCAGUUUUGGGAGUCUGCGAACGGUGUGCUGCUGAGUGAAGGUGAUGAGAACGGGCGGAUCCCGGUGUCGCUCUUUGACCGGGUUGUAGAGCGGCGACCAGACGGCACGCUUGCCGAGUUGCCUAUAAUGGACGUUCCGGAAUGA